AGGUGUACAAGGAAGGUAAAAAGAAAACGUCUGGAUUUUGCAUGCUUUCCACAACCACCUAUCGUAAACAAACAGUGUGUGUAAUGAAUGGUGAACACCCACAUUCCGAAACUGUGGCGUAGGAUUUCAAAAGAACGUAGGAAUGUUUUUUUUCACGCUGAUGUAACAUUUUAAGAAAGUGACUUCCAGCUUCAACCAGUCAGCAUGGCUUUAUCAUUCCGGACGGACACAAUGAGACUCAGAUGGAGCUUCUUGGCUCUUGGUCUAGUUUUGAUCCCCUCUGGAUGUGGAGAUGCUGCCUCUUUAGUGGACACAAAAGAUACUGUUUCCGAAGCUACACUGAUGAGUGUUUUCUCCAUUGCAUCCUGUAUCUGUUUGGCCAUUACUUUGAUUGGGUGUUCUUUCUGCUGCAGAACUGGUUUUGCUAAAUUUGAAGAGACGACAACAGAGCAGUCCGUAGUGGGUCAGAACUACACCAGCUUUGCUGACUUCAGUCCCCCAACCAUGAGCACCCCAAGCCAUCCACCAGGAGCCUCUGAUACCGAUGCAGUCACCAUCGAACCUCUACCUCAACUCCCUGGUCGUACCACUAAUCAGUGGGUUAAUGUAUUGAGGGUUGGAGGAGGAGGGGGUUCGAGUCCUGGUCAGACAGUGCAGAGUAUUAAACUGAUUGAUUCUCCAAGGUUUCAGUUUCCUAGGAGUCAGAUUAGCUACGUUGAUGAGAUGGGUAAUGGAUGGUUCGGAAAGGUUCUACAGGGGGAAGCUCAGCGGAUGCAUCCCGGCCUGCGUAAGACACGUGUUGUUGUUAAGCAACUACGGGACAAUGCAUCACCAGAAGAGCAACUGUUGUUUCUUCAAGAAGUUCAACCAUACAGAGAGGUUAAUCAUCCCAAUGUGUUACUCCUGCUUGGACAGUGUAUUGACAGCAUGCCAUUAUUACUCAUUCUAGAGUAUGCUCCGUUUGGUGAUUUGAAGUCUUAUCUACGUAAACAUCGCAGUGAGGCUCAGGAGAUGGCUCAUCAAGAUAUCCAACUUAAGAUGGCUAAUGAUAUGAUCAACGGGUUGAUGUGGCUUCACCAAGCUGACUUUAUCUACGUUGAUCUUGCAACUCGUAACUGUCAAGUCAGUGCAGACACCUCUAUUAAGAUCGGCGACUAUGGUCUGGCCUUAGAAAAGUAUCCAGAUGAUUAUUACAUCACAAGAGACAACAGCCAGGCUAUACCAAUCCGAUGGUUAGGUCCAGAGGUCAUUGACCUAAAAGAUGAUGGGUCAGUCAGAACCAAGAAAAUCACCAAAGAGUCAAACGUCUGGUCGUUUGGUAUCAUGAUGUUGGAGCUAUCGACCGGAGCCAGGAGACCCUACGCUAAGCUGACUGAUGAACAGGUUCUCCAGCAAGUUGUGAAAGAGCAAGAGAUAAGAGUUGAUAAACCCAAUCUCAACAUCCACUACGCCAACAGAUGGUUUGAGAUCAUGAUGUACUGCUGGCUAGAAGCAGACAUCCGACCCAACAUGAAAGAACUCCAUGGUCUCCUGCUUUAUCUUAAGAACAACCGAGACCGAAUCGACAUGCCUGACUUUGAAGCUCAUUGGAACUCCCUAAAGCCAGCUGCUCUCCAAGAGUCUUCUGAUACAAGCAAAGAAGAAGAGGGACCUGCGACACCGGUUCAGAAAAACCUUUCAGGGCCUGGCUUUGAAGACAACUUUGUCCACCCGCUGGCAACCACACCCGAGAAGCGAUCGACACAACAGAGGGUCGUAACACCUGUAAAGAAGGCAGAGACACCCAUCAAAGAGCCACCGACGGCCAAAACAGAUUCCCUUCCUGGGUUUGACUCCGACUUUGGCAAAAUGGCAAUCAGCUCAGGUUAUGAAUCCACUACACUGGAUGUCUCAAGCCCGAAUCGAAACAUGAAUGCUGAAACCAAUGACCCAGAUGACCAACCACUAUUUAAUGAUUUUGUAAGAGCAGUUGUCCAUCCAACAGCUGAGUCAAUCCCUCCUCAACUUGCAGAUCGACCCAAUGAAGGAUUCCAAUCUGAUUUUGUGGCUAAAGCUGAAAUCUCACCCUCACCGCUUUUCCGCGCUCUGGAAGACGGGAUUGAAAUGAAAAAUACCUCCCCUAAAAAGGAACCCCAAACAAAGUUACACUCCAAAGCAGAGCUUAGCGACAACAGCUCACCGGAUGUUUCCCCCACCAAGACGCCAUUAGAGCUACACCCAUCGGUCAUCAACGCUAAAGAAACUGAAAUGUCUCAAGAGAAGGAGGCUGCUCCUCCCACCUUCAUGAUGCAGGAGGAUAGACAGCGGUCAAGUACACCACUCUCUGAUGAAGUGUUUGAAUCUUCUACUAACAUCUCAGUCGUAAGCCCAGCUGACGAUGACGGCCCAAACAGCUUCCUCUCCUCAGCCAACUUGACCCUAAAUCAAACCCCCGCCCCUUCAGAUAUCUCUCUCUCAUUCCACUCUGUUACUACCCCAAUCAGCGAUGACCACUCCUUCACUAGUUUCAACGAUGUCACCCCAAGCACAGUCUAUCAAACUCCAGAUCAAUCACAGGACGAUACUUUUGAUACAGUAACAAGUUCUCAGAGUGAGGAACCCACUUUUAUCAUCAAGCCAGACUUCUCUCCGGCUCACAUUAAACUCUCAAACCCCUUCAAUUCCACAUCAGAUACUGAGCAUUCCCCAACAGAAUUCACUGGAUACGUAACAGCUGAUAUGACCCCAGCUACUCCAUCAAGUGAGGUCAUCCCCCAGGCAUUCCAACCCGAGUUAGUAGUGGAGACCGAUGGAAGUUUGGUAGUGGAACCCCCUGGCGAGAAUACCUUAGGACAGUCUGUGUUUGAGUUUUCAGAUUCCAACGUCGCCUCCCCCGCUAAUCAGCAAUUCACAAGUCAAGCUUCAUUCAUCCCUCAAUCCCCACUCAACCCUCUCACCAUCACAAUGACUUCGCAAGAAGAUGAUCCAGAGGGCACCCUCACAGUCCAGUCAGGUGAUGUUUCGAUGAGUCGUAGCGUGACGUCAUCCAGUAGUAGUACCCGUGUGGUGAGGACGAUGCGUACCGUACGACAGAUUCAGAUUGUUGGAGGAGAGGAGAUUGUAACGGAUGUCACGUCUCCAGUGGAAGAUGGUGAGGUUUCUAUAGUACCAGGCUCUGAUGAAGAUGGGACAAACACCUUGACACUAACAGGUGGCGAGCUUCAAUCAGCAUCUCAGCAGAGCUACCAGUCCUCCCACCAAACAUCAUCAUCAGUGAUGAAACAAACAAGCAGCAGUGAGAAGAUGUCCUCUCUAAGUUUCUCUCAAGAUGGUGACUUCACCAGCACUGAUGGCACAACGUCAGUCAUGAGCGGGGAGAGGUCUUCAAGCGAGAUGGUUGGAGACAUGGAACAAAGUUUCUCUCAAGAUGGUGACUUCACCAGCACUGAUGGCGCAACGUCAAUCAUGAGCGGGGAGAGGUCUUCAAGCGAGAUGGUUGGAGACAUGGAAUCAAUGAUGCGGCAGAUGAGUGAAGACUCCUCAGUGAAGCGACAGAUUAGUAGCAGUAGUUCCUCUACUAGCGUAAGGAGCAGCCAGACCUCUGUAAGGCAAAUCAGCAGCAGCUCUAGUAUCUCCAAACUCACAAGCGGUGCUGAGCUAACGAUUGGAGAUAACUCAGCCCUCAUGGAGCAGUUGAGCAAUAUGUCAUCAUUCAGUCAGAGUUCUCAGAGUAUGACAAGAAGUGAAGUUUCAUCUAAGAUGAUGUCUUCAUCAGAUCAAGAUGGGAAGAUGACAAUGUCUAGUAGUAUGAACCAAGCUAAGAGUCAACAACAGUCUUCAAGUAUUCAAGUUAUGACUCAAAGCUCAGGAGAUCCACAACAACCUAUGACCUUUGACCUCAAUGCUCUGACUAUCGGGUCAUCCAAUGGUCAUUCAUUGGUACAGAGUGACCCUGAGUCCACUGUAGAGAAGACAAUGACCUAUUCCUCUGAAGGGCCAGGCCAGAUGACUGUUGGUCAAGCAAUAUCAAUGCACGGUGGUGGUUCAGCAAUGGAUGAGACUGAGAAUGGAGUACAGGUUUCAAUGAAGUGGCAAGGUUCAGCUUCAAUGAAACAAGAACAGAGCGUCUUCUCAAGCAAUGUCAUGUCUACAGGAGAUCCUGUUGAUCAACUCCAAGGACUGCCUGGCCAGUCUAGUCAACUCGCCAUUACAUCUCCAGAAGGUGACUCGGCUCUUGAGGACUGAUUUUUGUAUAUAUCCCUCUGGGGAUUCAAGAGCAGUUUAAUGGUAUGUUCCUUCUGAUGAGUGACGACAACGCCUUAUUUGUGUUGAGCAUGUUUGAGGACUGCAUGAAAAAAACCCAGAAUUUCCUGGUUGUUUUCUGCAGCUAAAAUCACUGAGAAAGUUCAUAUCUUUCAAAUCAAAAUUCAAACUCAGAAUCCACAUUCCCUCAAAAAAUUCCUCAACUAUGAAUACCUCUCAAUCUCAUUAUUGCUUUGCUAUUCAGCUGAAAUGUUUUUAGUCACUUUGACUAUCGGAAUUAAAGUUUAAGUAAACGUGUAUAAUGAUUGGUUUUUGGGAUUGGUUUCAAGUUGUGGCUAUAACACACUUUAGUAGCAUCUUGCAAGUAAAGUACUUCUUGUAAUUUGUAUGUACUAAUAUUAUUUCCUUAUGUGUUGUAGCCUAAAUAUGCAUACCUAAAGUACUGUGUUUUCAUAUGUAUUUUUGUAUUGGAAAGAACUGAUGUUAGAAACCAAGUACGGCUUUUGUAGUUGAAUAUUUGUAUCAUGCACAGACAAAACGUUUACAAACUUCAUUUUGGUCUGUUUAGUCCAAGUUAAGAAAUGUAUUCAAUAUUUUAGGAGAAAAAAGUACACUAUAUUGUAAAUAAUGACAAACCGAAAGAUGUGUAAGAUUAAACCUGUUGGCAUUGGUUUUAUUUGAUGAAAUAAUAAGUGUAUCAUUUCAACAUUUUUUUUUUUUUUUCAGGUUCAAAAAAGCAUUAUCAGUUAGGAAUAUUCCAAAGAUUUAUACAAAACUUUUACUCAUCUGUUAAAAUAGCUUUCAAUACUAGAAUCAAUCAAAUUGAAUGAAUUUAUACAAAUUAAUGUAAAUAUUUAAGACUGCCAGUAGUACUAUUAAAUUAGUUGUUUACGCUGUUGUGAUUUAAACUCAGAAUACCUGUGUACAAAUUCUUUAACAGGUAGUCACCAUCGUAGUUUAGUCUUGGCUCAAGCCAGUUUUAACAAAUUUCUUUUGCAACAGCUGAGACUAUCAGUAGAGAUUGCUUAUAUGAUGAUGAAGAUAUUUUGAAACAUUGUGGACUGAAGCAUGUCCAGUCAAUAUUUUGUCAGCUCUGUGCUAUAAGGUCAUUAACUGCAAUUUCAUACAAUCACAAGGAUGUUGAAUUAAAAAUGUGAAUAAUUUUCAAAAGAAAUUAAUCAAAAUCAACAAACUAAAUGUUUUCCUUUGAAAACUAUUGUUUCUUUUUGCUAAACAAUUACUUUGGAGACCACUCUUGUUCAAUAAACUCUAUGAACCAGAAGCUUCAAAAUAUGCAAAACCAAUUUGAUGAAAUAUACACAAACUGCACUAAUGGCCUGCACUACAUAGAUGACGAUUUGUACUUGAUUGAACAUAAGAGCAGGUUUGAAUCAUGGGUACCAUGGGUAAUAAUAGGGUGUGGUUGUCACCCAAACACACAACUAGAGAGUUGUAUCCCACUAGUUGACACUCUCAGUGAGGUAGACAUUGCAUUGUCCUGGCAACAGUUUGGGUGACAGGAAAACAGUUUGGGGAAAAGAGAGGGAAAAACUUUAAUGUGUAAAGAAUGUGCCUUGAGGUAAAGUGUCAUUGAUAGUGACUUUUGAUUUGAUUAUCUUAAAAUUUGAAAUAAAUAUUAUUCUUUUUCUAUGUUGAAUUGAAAUUUAGAUUGUGUGAUUGUAUUCAGAUGACUUUUGAUGAAAAAGUUUUAACAUUCCAGUGUUUCUGUUAUAGAUAUGAAACUUGUAGAAUGCUGUGUGUAGCCAAUUUAAGCUGUAUGGCAAAUUUCAACUGCCUUUACACAAGCAUUGUUUUUAUAUGCUCAGCUGACACAAAGAACAUUAUUGCGCUCAUGAGCUCAGCUGUUGUUGUGUUCUAUUUUUAUGGUUUAUUUUUUAUGAUGGGCUACUAUAUUUUACGUUUUAGUAAAGUUCUUAUUAUUCAAACUAGGAUUUGAAACUUUGCAUGGUGGGGAGUAUCAUCAGGUUAAGUUUGAGUAAGAACCAUGUGUAAGUUUCUUUUAAAUAGUGUUGGUUCUAAGAAGAACCUGUGGCUGACAACUCGACGUUUUGAUCAGUAUGCUCUGAUCGUCGUCAGGAGGAUUGAAACACUGAGUUGUCAACCAUCGGUUCUUCUCAUAAUCACCACAACUCAAAAGAGAUUUACACAUGGUGCUGUUGCAAACCUCAUCUGAUUAUUUAAACUCUCGGUUGAAAAUUUGUUAAUAGUAAAUGUUGACAACUGAUUAAUGAGUGUUAUGACUUGGUUUUUAUUAAUUUGGGAGUUUUUUGUGUAAGUUCGGAAAUGGGAAUUGUCUAAUUAUGUUGGUUUGAAUCAUUCAGUGAAAGGUUGACUUCAUAGCACCUUUAAGGUAACAAAGUAAUGUACAUGGUACAUUUAAGCGAUUUGUGAGUUAGAAUAAACUAAUAUCUGGUACAAUGAUGGCUUAGUGUUACAAGUUGAUGUUUAAUUUGAAUUCCAUGGACUAUAGAGACAGUUACUAUGUUACAUGGUGUGGGGCAAGCUUUUGAGAAGUUUCAUUAGAAACAGCGAACACCUAUACCGGUACACAAUUUUGAAUGAAUGUGUAUGGCAUCUGGAGAUUGCUAUAUAAAAGCUUGGCCCAAAACCAUUUGCCAUAGCAACUGUUUCUAUAGUCUGAGGAAUUCAAAUUUAAGUGGUUAUUUAACAUGUGACCAAGUAAGUCAUUGGACCACACUUUAUUCAAAUCUCACCUACAAAUUGCUUAUUGGUAGUAAAUACUUGUACAUUUUAACUUCAGUUGGUGAAUCAGGAUUUAUUCAAAUUCAAUGGAGGCAUAUAUUUAGGGUAAUGGAAGAUGGAGGAGCAGUUUGCAGGUUUUGGGUGUAUUGUACCGUCGAUUAUGUAAGUUACAUGUAGUUAAUUUGAUAUGUUAGUCUCUAUUAUUGUUGCUGCCUGCAUUCAUUUAUUGCACAGCCAGAAUUUACUUUGUCUUACUAUUAUUUAAUGUAUUCUCAAAUUAGUUUCUCAUGUAUUCUCAAUGUGUAUUCAAGUGAAUGCCGUAAUUGCCAUUAUGCAAAUUAGCCCAAUCAGCCUAAUUAUAACCAUUAGCACAAAUGUUUAUUUGCCUACAUGUAUCUUAAAGGCAGUGGACACUAUCGGUAAUUACUCAAAAUAAUUAUUAUCAUAAAACCUUACUUGAUUAUGAGU